GGUGGCAGUAAAGCGCGCAACGCUUGCAGUGCAUCACAUCACACGAAGUUGCGAGUGUCAUGGCGGCGCUCUGGCGGGCAUGCGACCGAGACUGACAACAACAAAUGACUACAACUCUGAAAUUACGUCUAAAAUCAUCAUGAACAUUGUGACAAGAAGGACACAAUCUUAGCUGUUAUUUUUUGGAAAUGUUUGACAAUUUUGUGUAUCCGCUAUGUAGAACUGUGGCUGGGGGAAAUUAUUCGUCGUCGUGACCUGUGAAUCGUCGUAGGUAGCCUAGGCUACUGUACAAGUGCGAUCUGGCUGACAUCGAGAAGAAAUGGCAUUAGCAAACUUGUUUUCUAGCCCACCGGGUGAAGUGGAUUUUGAUGAAAUUGUGACGAAAACAAGGUCAGAACAGCCCCAUCACAACCGAAAGCCGACUGUCUCGACCCCCAAGAACGAAAAUGUCAACAAGAAAAGGAACAGAAAGAAAAGGAAACGAGGCCAGCCAACCGACAGUACAUGGACAAGGUGUGAAUUUCAAAACAAGAAAAAGUUCCAUGCUGUUUCACUUGAAUAUGAAGAUCAAACGGUUGAUAAUCAAAAGCCGAGCCAGCAUGACAAACGCAUCAAUGCCACUGCUCUGUCAACUCCGUCUGACAGACUUGGUGUGAAUGCUGAUGGUGGUUGGAAGAAUGAAUCAAAUGGUAAUGGUGAUGGAGGUAACAGAAGACAACAUUACAACAACAACAACAAGCACAGAAGAAAUCCCAAUGGCCCUAAUAUACAAGAAGGUCAGUCGAGGCACGGGGGUAAAAACGUCACGUUUCAGGAGAAGAAACACGUAAACGCAACCAACAAACACCAAAGAAAUGCAUUCCAUCAAGGACCAGGAGCUGGUGGAAAGAAAGGAAGACAACAGCCGCGAAUGCAGAGAAGCCGUCCCAAAUGGGAGGAGAGGAAACCCUUCAUGACCCCAGAGUUCAAAGAGCAAAACUCCAUAGACGUGAACGGACGGCUCAUCUGCAAGCACUUUUUAGCAGACCGAUGCCUGAAGGGCGAAGGGUGCCAGUUUGAACACUCCCGUGACCUUGGCGGUUUCAAGUUCCAUGAAGUGUGCAAAUUCUACAUUCAGGGCUUUUGCAUGCGUGGAGACAGUUGCCUCUACAUGCACAAUAUCCUUUCUGUGUCUGACCCCGACAAUCUCGGUGUUCUUCAAAAACUUAGUCUCCUUGACGUUUGCUCUCCAAGCGCUUUUCCCUGCAAGUUCUUCCACAGAGGGCGGGGGUGCCAGAAUCAGGACUCCUGCAGGUUCUCCCAUGCUCCCCUGACUGAGCUCACAGAGCGGAUCCUAGACAAGUUUCUUGAGGAGCUAAAGGCAAAACAUCAACCGUUGGAGCCAGAACCGGAGCCUGAGCCGGAGCCUGCAGCGGACCCCUUGGCCAACACAAAAACCUGUGAAGGCUUCCUGGCCAACACAAAAACGUUGAAUUUUUACAGUGCUGCCGAAAACUCUGAACCCGAGCCCGUGCGCCCCUUCAGUUUUGGAGCAAACAGCGCAGAGUUUCAACCCGAGCGUCCCGUCUCUGUCCUCAUCCCCGUCCCCAUCGCCAUCACCAUCUCCCAACAGCCAACACAAUCAGCGGACCACACAGACUCACCAGUGCAGAGUGGAGCUGCAUCGGCAUCCGAGUCCCAAACACCCCUCGUGGAGCAAGGACCAGCUGAACAGCCAGAACGGCCAACUGCCAGCAACUCCACUGCUCGUCCAUCAUCCUCCUCUUCCACCCCGUCCGCCUCCUCCUCCUUCUCCUCAUCAGCAUCUAAAGAUGCACAAAACCUCCUCAGAGCAACUGCCAUUGAGAGGCCUCAAUCGCCAAGAACUCCAGAUCCUCCAUCAACUCCAUCAGUCCUGAGAAAUCUUUUCUCCCACCUGAGCCCGUGUCGAUCGGAUUAUGAUAAUGAUGAUGAUGAUGACGACGGCAACAUUGAUGGUGAAGAAGAUGAGAUGACGGUUAAGAUGAAGACGGAGCUGGAGGGAGAUGCAACCAGCAACUCAACUGACCCAGUUCCCCUGCUUGAUGCGACAAAAUUCUGCACGGAGGUUCCCAGAGAACACAGCGGGGCGGGGAGCCACAGCAAAGCCUCAACACCAGCAGCCCCAGAUCACCAGCUUGGCCUAAUGACAAAUCCGUUGCCAAAGGGCAGAAACUUGGUCCAGGAGCCCCAAAGACAUCAACACCUUGUGGUCCCCCCACCCUCCAAGCCCCCAGUCCCCUGCUCUACCCCCAUUGCAAGCCAUCUCAGAAAGUACAGGCCCCUCGCUGUGGACCUCUCGCCUCUUCCUUCUCUCUCCUUAACAGCCUACCAGACCCCUCGACCUCAUGAUGCCACGCCGGGCCAUCUCACCUCUGUUGCGGACACUCAGGAGGCAGCGCCACAGCAGUGUGUGGCUCGGUCCCAGGGGGCCGGGAUCAAAAAUACAUUAACGGGGAAGUUACAGGGCCGGCACAGUCUGCCAGUACAGAGCCUGAGCUGGGCAAACUCCUCGAAAUGCAAAGACCAAAAAUGGCGCUGAGGAUCUGAAGCGUGGAUGUAGAACCUCACUCAACAACAUUCUGAUAUGUAGAACAAGCAGAAUCAUGAACUUACUGGCAGGUGAUGGAAUGCCAUGUAUCAUAUUA